UCCUCUGGGAUGUCCGCGGGACCCAGGCUUUCAGGACGGUGAUCGAGAGAGCCCGAGCAUGGGACGGCGCCCGCAGCUCCAGAUAGUCAAGGCCCUUCUCUUCCUGGGGCUGAACCCCAUCUCCGCCGCCCUCCAGGACCAGCAGUGUGAGAGCCUGUCCCUGGCCAGCAACAUCUCCGGACUUCAUUGCAAUGCAUCCGUGGACCUCAUUGGCACCUGUUGGCCCCAAAGCCCCGCAGGGCAGCUGGUGGUUCGACCCUGCCCUGCCUUUUUCUACGGUGUCCGCUACAACACCACAAACAACGGCUACCGGGAGUGCCUGGCCAAUGGCAGCUGGGCGGCCCGCGUGAACUACUCAGAGUGCCAGGAGAUCCUCAGUGAGGAGAAGAAGAGCAAGGUGCACUACCAUGUUGCCGUCAUCAUCAACUACCUGGGCCACUGUGUCUCCCUGGUGGCCCUCCUGGUGGCCUUCGUCCUCUUUCUGCGGCUCAGGAGCAUCCGGUGCCUCAGAAACAUCAUCCACUGGAACCUCAUCUCAGCCUUCAUCCUGCGCAAUGCCACAUGGUUCGUGGUCCAGCUCACCAUGAGCCCCGAAGUCCACCAGAGCAACGUGGGCUGGUGCAGAUUGGUGACAGCCGCCUACAACUACUUCCACGUGACCAACUUCUUCUGGAUGUUUGGGGAGGGCUGCUACCUGCACACGGCCAUCGUGCUCACAUACUCCACCGACCGGCUGCGCAAGUGGAUGUUCAUCUGCAUCGGCUGGGGUGUCCCUUUCCCCAUCAUCGUGGCCUGGGCCAUCGGGAAGCUGUACUACGACAAUGAGAAGUGCUGGUUUGGCAAAAGGCCUGGGGUUUACACCGACUACAUCUAUCAGGGCCCCAUGAUCUUGGUCCUGCUGAUCAAUUUUAUCUUCCUUUUCAACAUCGUCCGCAUCCUCAUGACCAAACUUCGGGCGUCCACCACGUCUGAGACCAUUCAGUACAGGAAGGCUGUGAAGGCCACUCUGGUGCUGCUCCCCCUCCUGGGCAUCACGUACAUGCUGUUCUUCGUGAACCCCGGGGAGGACGAGGUCUCCCGGGUUGUCUUCAUCUACUUCAACUCCUUCCUGGAGUCCUUCCAGGGUUUCUUCGUGUCUGUGUUCUACUGUUUCCUCAACAGCGAGGUCCGCUCUGCCAUCCGGAAGAGGUGGCACCGAUGGCAGGACAAGCACUCCAUCCGCGCCCGCGUGGCCCGCGCCAUGUCCAUCCCCACCUCCCCGACCCGGGUCAGCUUUCACAGCAUCAAGCAGUCCACAGCAGUCUGAGCUGGAGGGCCACGGAGCAGCCCCCGAGCUCUCUGUGGGGAAGAUGGCGGCCAGGGUCAGCCGGCUGCCGUGUCUGUGGCGGGGACCAGCUCCUUCCCACUCUCUCUACC